CAUUAAAACGGAAGAAAACGACUUUUGAAAAAUAAAAGUUUGUUUACACUGUUAGAUGUACAUGGUACAUAUUACUACAUUAUUCAAUACUUUAUAUUUUUAUGUAAAUGCAACAAUAUCGGAUCUCGUCUUUUGUACGUAUAAUUAUUGACUCGUUACUAGAUAGUAAAUUUGAAACCGAUAGUACGCAAAGACCGAAUGUUUUUUCGACUAAUUUUCCUAUGAUAUGACGACCGAACAAGGUUGACCGAUGAACGUAAUUACUCUGUGACUAUUGACUACUUGAACGACGACGUGUUCACUGUUCAGUGUAUCUUACUCUCGUGAUUUAGUCAACUGAACCCACUCGUCACUCUCGUCAUGUCCGAGAAAAAAGCCAAAAAUAAUGCCGACUGGAAGAAAAGAGUAAAAGCCGAGUAUUUCAGAUUACUGCAGGCCAAAAAAACAAAGAAAGACGAUGACAAUGUAUUAGCAUGCAUGAAUAAUCAGAAGAAGCUCUAUGAUAAAAAAGCGGAAGAACUCAAACGAUUGUUGUCAAGAAAAGCAAUUUGGGAAUGUCGACCAUAUAUAGAAACAGUAUCGAGAUCUAAACGGUCAGAAGUAUCUAAGGUAGAUGGUAUUGGGGAAGAAACCAUGAGUGUUCCGAUUAAAAUAAUUAAUGCUGUAGCACCUAUACCUACUAUGUACAUCUGGGCACCAAUUCAGGCUAAUUUUAUGGUGGAUGAUGAAACAGUACUACAUAAUAUUCCAUACAUGGGGGACGAGGUACUUGAUCAAGAUGGUUCUUUUAUUGAGGAACUAUUAAAAAAUUAUGAUAAUAAAGUUCAUGACGAUGAUGCUGCAAACUUUUUGGAUGAUCAAGUGUUUAUAGACUUAGUCCAUGCACUUAUCCCAUUUCAGCAAGAAGAAGAUAAAGAACAACAAACUUUAUUGACACCCAAAAUGGUGGUAAAAUACAAUAAAGAUGAUAGGCCGUUUCCAAGUGUAGCUAUAUUUGAAGCCAUGUCCGCUGCAUUCCCUGAUAAAGGAACUCCUGAAGAAUUUAAAGAAAAGUAUAUAGAAUUAACAUCUUGUGUUGACCCUAAUGCCCAGCCAUCCCAAUGCACUCCAAACAUUGAUGGACCAAAGGCUGAGUCUGUACCUAAAGAGCAAACUAUACACUCAUUUUUAAAUUUGUUUUGUAGAAGGUGUUACAAAUAUGAUUGUUUUUUACACAAACUUAAAGAGCAUGAUUCUGGUACUAAUUUGCCAAUUGGCCUUAAAGGACCUUUAUUAAAACCGUUUGCGUCUCACUGUAGUCAAGAUUGUUAUAUGUUACUCGAUGGAAUGAAAGAAAAAUUAGCUGCUAUUGCUGAAAUCAAAGCUGAAAAACAAAAACAAGCGGAUAGAGAUGAAGAAACUAAUAGAUCGGGGUCUACUACAAUUUCUAGUAAUACGAAAGAGUUGUCACCUCAGAAUGAAAUUAAUGAAAAACCAGUUAGUUCUACUAAAUUGUCAAAAAAAGAUAGCUCGGAUUGGGGUAAUGAUGCUAGUUCUGAAGAUAGCAGAGAUAGCAGUAAAGAUGGUGAACUAGACAUGGAAGAUCCAUUGUCAACUAAAACAUCUUUCUCUUUACUUCCACGCAUGAGUACAGAAGAUAAACAAGUUUGGACUGGAUCAGACCAAUCAAUUUUCCGCGCACUCCGUCGCACAUUCCUGAAUAACUAUUGUGUCAUUGCUCAGAUGAUGUUAACAAAAAGUUGUCAGCAGGUUUAUGAGUUUGCACAAAAUGAAAACGAUGAGGUUACUGUUGAAGAAGCUAUUAGUGAGUUAACUCCGCCUAGAAAAAAAAAGAAAAAGUUACGUUUAUGGCAAACACAUUGUCGAAAAGUACAACUAAAGAGAGAUUCUGCAUCAAAUCAUUUAUAUAACUAUACACCGUGUUCUCAUCCACCAAAUCAAGGUUGUGAUGCAACGUGUCCUUGUGUAAUGGCACAGAAUUUCUGUGAAAAAUUCUGCAAGUGCAGUUCAGAUUGUCAAAAUCGAUUUCCUGGUUGUAGGUGUCGUGCUCAGUGCAACACGAAACAAUGUCCUUGUUAUUUAGCUGUUCGUGAAUGUGAUCCAGAUUUAUGUUUAACUUGUGGUGCAGAUCAGUUUAAUUUAGAUAAUAUAACAUGUAAAAAUGUCAGUGUUCAAAGAGGCCUUCGUAAACACUUAUUAAUGGCACCUUCGGAUGUUGCUGGUUGGGGUAUAUUUUUGAAAGAUUCUGCACAAAAGAAUGAAUUUAUAUCUGAAUAUUGUGGAGAAAUUAUUACUCAAGACGAAGCUGAUCGACGUGGGAAAGUUUAUGAUAAAUACAUGUGUAGCUUUUUAUUUAAUUUAAAUCAUGAUUUUGUUGUUGAUGCUACACGAAAAGGUAAUAAAAUAAGAUUUGCCAAUCAUUCUAUAAAUCCAAAUUGUUAUGCUAAAGUAAUGAUGGUAAAUGGUGAUCAUCGAAUUGGUAUAUUUGCUAAACGUCCUAUACAACCUGGCGAAGAAUUAUUUUUUGACUACAGAUAUGGACCAACUGAGCAACUUAAAUUUGUUGGAAUUGAAAGAGAAAUGGAAUUUUUACCUUAGUGUUCUUAACAAGAUCGAUUUACAUUGAUUUUACCAGUCAACAAUCUCAUGGCAUGUAUGUUACAAAAUACUCAAACUAUUUACAGUAUUUAGUACUAUCCUAAGGAUUACUUAUAAUACUUGAAAAUGAUUAAAAGCACGCAUACUGUAAUUUAAUUAUACUGUACUUAGUUAAUUUAGGCAAAACAAUUAUAAAAAUGUAUUCAGAUAUAUUAAAAUACUUUAUUCGGGCAUACAUGCAAGAUAAAAUCAAAUAAUUUAUAGUUUAAAUAUCUUGUAUACAAUAAUUGUUUGAAACAUCAGUUAUAAAAAUUAACUUAAUUUAUGUAUGUAUUAGUUAAUUAUAUAUACAAAAUAAAAAAUAUUGGCACCAUUAAAAGUUAAUUCAGUUAUAGUUAUUUUCAAGUUCUUUUGCUGUUAAAUAUUUGUCGAUCACACUGUAAUAAUAUGAUAUAACUGUAAGUUGUAACUGUUGUAAUGUAAUUACAUAAACAUUUUUUAUUUUCACUGACAGUAUAAAUUGAUGAUUAUACAAAUCACAUUAUAAAUACGUAAUAUUACUUAUCUAAUACCAAUAAUUUAACAAAUCGUAUUACAGUAAGUUGGGUAUGAUCUGUCUUAGAUGUACUCAAUAUAAUAAAUUACUAAGAAUAAAUUACAGAUCAUGUACAAUAUAAUACAUUAUGAUGUGAGAUUUUAUCACAGUUAAUAUUGUAUGAGAUUGCCAUGACUUUAUUUUACGUUUUUUUUUAAAUUGUUGUUUUAAUUUUUCAAUAAGCUUUAAAAAAAGUUGCUCUCAAUAUCAUUUUAAAAACAUUAUAGUCAUCAAUCAUCGUCAAUUAUAAAACAAAAUAUUCAAACAUGAUUCUAUGCAACUUGUCCUAAUGUCCUGGCAAACACAAGAAGUUUAAUCUAUGUAGCGGGUUUGAUUGACUUCUAUUUCUGUUGUUAGUUAAAGAUAUGUUAGUUCCGUUAACUGUAUACAAUAUUUAAAUUUUGAAUAUAGUAAGAUAACAGUGGCAUAUUUAUUGAUUUGCGGUUAGGAUAGAUACAUUUAUAUUUAUAUCUUAAAAAUAUUAUUAAAUCAUAAUAAUGAUACAAUAAAUAUUUUAACUUUCAUUAUAUCAAAAUAUAAAUAUGCACUAGCUUGGUAAAUCCUAAAUAUGUCACUGAAAGAAACUAUUGACUAUCUAGUCCCUUAAACAAUUAUUUAUGUUGAAUAUUAGAACUUGGCACUUACUGUAUUUAACAUUUCAUUCAUUAAUUAAUGUUAUGUAUUAAAUUAAUUUAGUAGUAGAAGUAAUAAUAAGUUAGUGUUAUUGUUAUAAAUAUAUUAUGUUCAUUAAUUAUUUUUUUGUAAUAUAUAGGAAAACCUAACCUAUUAAUUGUAUGUAUUAAGUUGAAUUUUUUAAGAAAAAAAAAUUUUAAUUAUUUGCCAGCAUACAUUUUUUCAUAAUUUUUUUAUUUUAUCUCUUCUAUAGACAAUGUGAAACUAAUUUAACUCUUUAUAUUCAAAUGUGAAUACAAAUAAUUGUAAUUGAAAAUGUUAUUUAACAAGCAUUAAACAAAAACUUAAUUAACAAUUAAAAUUAAAAGUGGCAUUUUUGUGCAUUACAAAAACACAGGGUAUAAUAUUAUUUUGCUCUCUCUCCAAUAACCUUAAACAUAUUUUAUAUUUGGUUAAUAUUACUUAUCAACAUUUUCCAUUUAUAAAUCCACAAUUUAUCUUCUCAUGCAAAUUAAAAAAAUAUAAAAAAUUUUUACUAGAAAAUUGAAUACUUACUUAAAGAUAAAGCGGGUUCAUUUGUAUAUGUGAAGAUGUCAUAAAUUUGUGGUGACCAAUCAAAAUACUGUAAAAAAUUUUUACAUUUUUACAUUUUAGAAACUUAAACAAAAACAAAUAAAUAUAAUUUUGAUAUACUAUUCUUACUUGUUUUUUGGGCUGUCCUGUAAUAUUCAAAUAAAUAAAUAUUAUGGUUAAUGGUUAUUGGUUGUAGAUAAUUAUGCUUAAUAUUCAGCUGUAAGGAAUACGACCUGUGAUAAUUAUUCUUCCACAGAAUAGUGAUUGGGUAAAUUAUAGUUUUACCAAUUAUAGAAAUAUCAUAGGUAUCGUAUUUCAAUAAAUUGUUAUAGUAAAAAGUUGUAUUCAUAAGAUUAAUUUUUGUAACAAUAUUAUUUAAUUUUAAUUUUUAUUCACUUUAAUUAUUUUUGAUGUGAAUAAAAUACUGUUAAUACAUCGAUUUAGAAAAAUGUAUUACAUUAUAUUUUGGA